AUGCUACUCCAACAACCGCAAGUCUGGGAUAUGCAGUUCAAAACCAGCUACAACCCCAGGGGGGACAACCUACAUAACAUCCCCAACGGAGCCUAUCGCAACAGCUACCGUCCAUCCAAACCUCAUCCGAACAAGCACGCUCCGGGGCAAGCUCACUUCGAUCCCGACGAGCUUACGCGCCGGCUGUAUCUCGUCCUGGCAGAGCGCAAAGCCCUAGCCGAGCGGCGCCGCGCAAGCCGACGGGACGGCACGCACGGUUGGGGAAGCCAGGCCGAUACCAGCUCUUCUGGGACGGAUCUGAUCACCCAGCUGCGCCAGGCGAGACGCAGGUCGAGGAUGGCGGCCGAGGAGGAGGACGAUGAUGAGAGCGACACCCCCGUUGAGCAGCCGCCGCGGCAAGAGACUCCGAAGCGGCACUCAGCCUACGUCCCGCAGCAAGCAGCCAAGCAGUUCGCAAGGACUACGACUAUCGACGCCAUGCGCGUUGAGGAGAACCAGCACAGCAACAGUACCAGCAACAGCAGCACCAUGCGGAAGCUUUCCAAGCGCUCUCUCCAGCAGCCACACCACGCCCCGACGGAAUCGUCGCAAACCCAGCAUACCCGCAUUCCCGAAGACAGCGAUGACCGCCCCAACCCCUACACCUUCGAAGAAGAGUACUGUCGCAUCCACCAGCCCCCCAACCAGUACCACGACGGUCGUCAUCGCCACUACCACCCAACCGACGCACACCUCGCCCGCCGCGCCAUGGUCCGUAGCAUGAACCUCGACCAUAUGGGCAUGAGCCACAACACAGACGACGACAUGGACAACCAACUCCACCGCUACCAAUCCCACCCGAUCCCCCUUGCCCACCAGCAUCAAAACAUCCACCCCGAGCGGCGCGUCGACUGGACACAGUCCGACGAGACCGGCGCGGCGCCCCCGCCAGCAGUUAGCUUAAGGCAUAAUCGCGACCGGGACCAUCACAGUCAUCACCCGCACCUGCUGCGCAGACCAAAGAGCUCGGCUUCGAAAUCGGUUAAGUCGUCCAGCACGGCGUACUCUUCUUCUACGUCGGCGAUGGCGUUUUUUACGGCGUUGUUGCCUACGGGGUUGUUUCAUCGAGACGGGAAAGAGAAGGAGAGCAGUGGGCGGAGUAGUAGAUUGAGUAAGAGAAGUAAGAGUCGGGGAAGUGGAAGUGAGCCGUCCUUGCCGGGGGACCGCAAAAGUCAGGUGUUGGGAGAUAAUGGGUCGAAUGAGGGUGGGGGUGAGGAGCGAGUGUUGAAGCAGAAGAAGAGUUUUUGGGCGAGGUUCAAGAGGAGUUAG